AUGGCCCUGAAGAGCGCCGAGGGUUACGAGCACGCCAAGGUUGGCGAAUGGAAUUCCCAGAUCAUUAACACUAUCCUCAAGGCCCUCAUUGCAGCUACCGCACCAGAGUCUCCCGCGACAUCACCUCCAUACCGGUUCACCGUCAACAGCACCAUCGUUCAACAAGGCUUGAUCGAUAAGUCUUCCGCAGCAGACGGGGCCGUCAGUAAUGCCGGCAAGCGUGGCAUGCACUCUGCCUCAGGCGCCUUCUGGGACGUCAACCGUGAUGGAAUGUGGACAUUCAAGUACCCCGGGGCUGAAGAGCGGGGCCUCGAUGUCGUUGUCAGUGUGACAUGGUUUGCUCUGGGCUAG